UGCCACGAAUUCCGUUUGGAGGCAUCUUUGAGCUCGCGGAGUAGACACCAUGAGCAAAGCUCACCCUCCCGAGUUGAAAAAAUUUAUGGACAAGAAAUUGUCAUUGAAAUUAAAUGGUGGCAGACAUGUCCAAGGACUAUUGUGGGGGUUCGAUCCGUUUAUGAAUCUUGUGAUAGAAGAAUGUGUGGAGAUGGUAAUUAGUGGGCAACAGAAUAUUGGAAUGGUGGUAAUACGAGGAAAUAGUAUCAUCAUGUUAGAAGCCUUGGAGCGAGUAUAAACAAUGGGUGUGUUCAUCAGAAGAAAUCAACUGCUUCCACAUGUCCCCUCCAUAGUAUAAAUAAACUUUUAUAAUAGUCAAAAAAAAAAA